AUGGAUCGCCCAGAGCCCUCCAAGAGCCUCCUCUCUCAUUCUCCUAGCGAAGCCUGGAAGUUCUGUCUUCGCCAUGAAUCAUCCGCCACCGGAGAAAACGGGCCGUCGGCGGCGCUUUCUGCUCAUACCGGCCCGGUCUCGUCCCUCGCUUUGUGCGGCGAAUUCGUGUUGAGCGCCUCCCAGGCAAAGGAUAUUAUCGUCUGGCGGCAGCCCGAUCUCAGCCCUUUUGCCAGAUUCGGCCAUGGCGAUGGAUCGGUGAAGGCCCUAGAGGCAGUCGGCAACAGGGUCUUCACGGCGCACCAGGACGGAAGGAUCAGGGUGUGGAAGGUGUCGAAGAGAUCGGAGAAUCUGUUCAGGUUAGUCGCCACGUUGCCCACCAGAAAAGACUGCAUAGGGAAGCUCCUGAAGCGGAGCAACUACGUUCAGACGCGGCGGAACCACAGGCGACUGUGGGUCGAGCACGCCGACAGCAUCUCGUGCUUGGCCGUAGAGGGCGGCAAGGUCUACUCUGGCUCCUGGGAUAAGACACUGAAGGUGUGGAGGGCCGCAGACCUGCGGUGUCUGGAGUCGAUUAGAGCGCACGACGACGCUAUUAAUGGGCUCGCUGUAUGUAAUGGCAUGGUCUACACUGCCUCUGCAGAUGGGAAGAUAAAGGCGUGGGAGAACUCCAGUGACUCUCACCGUCUGAAAGGUGUCAUGGAGGGGCGCAAGCUGGUGUCGUGGAACGCUGUGGUCCUAAUGGAGGAGGGAAGGCUGGUCUACGGCGGCGGGUCGGACGGGAGGGUGAUGGGGUGGGGAGAGGAAGCCGGAGGGAGAGAGUGGAGGCUGCUGUGCGACGUCAAGGCACAUGACAUGUCGGUGCUGUGCCUCUGCGCCACCGGCAAGUUUCUGUGUAGCGGUUCGGCGGAUAGAAGCAUCGGCGUCUGGAGGGAGAUGGAUGGGGGACUGUGUAGGCUCAGGGUGCUAUGGGGGCACGAAGGCCCUGUCAAGUGCCUGCAGUCCUCGUGGAAGGGUGGUGGGUUCUGGCUCUAUAGCGGGGCGACGGACAAGAACUUGAGGGUAUGGUGGGUGUCUGAAGAGGAGAACCCUCAGCCAAAGGAACGUGGGGAUCGCGAUGGCGAUGCUGGAACGGGGAACAACUCCGUAAAGGGGUCUUAG